AUGGCCGUGGGUGGUGAAGGAGUACGGUUGUUCGCCUCGGAGAGCUAUGAGAAGCGGCUCAAGGUGGGUCAGUACGUUCAGUACUGGUCCACCUCCAAAAACAAAUGGAUCGAUGCCGUCGUGAAAGCGGUGGAUGCCACUGGUGCAGUCCAGAUCAGUGUGAAGCCACGUGCCUGGCUGAACCAGCAGGAGCAGUCCACCAAAAUUCGGAGUAUAGUGCCGCUACUGCCCCCAAAAUCCGCAGAGCAGCACGGCGAGAGUAAGACGACAGAGUUUAUCGCCGAAUCCUCGCAGCGUCCCGAGAACGCCAAGUACACGAAUGGCUUCGGCAUCCAUGGUGUGACGCAUCUCGGUUGA